AUGAUCAGACGCACACCUACCAUGAUUCCAAUGUCAGAUGCUGACGUCCAAGAAAUCCGAGACCUCGUGGUAGACCAAAAGUCUCGUUUCGAAGCCAAGCAAAAGACUAUCCUCGCAAUGAAAAAAGUGGCUGAGCAACCAAUCCAGCCUAAUGACCCAGAGACCUUGCCGUGGUUCCAGCUAUUGGUGGCUGAGAGGAAUAGACGGCUCGGUAUA